CACCAGCCUCCUCCUCAGAGGCUGCCCCAGCUGAGGACUCCCUGUCUCAGGAGCACGAACAGGAGCCCCAACCAAGUGCCGCGCCCUCGGUGCGGGCGGUGCUGGGGGAGCUGAGGGUCUCCAACGUCACCCCCAACUCCGUGGGGCUGCAGUGGAGCGUUCCCGAGGGUCCCUUCGACUCCUUCAUGCUGCAGUACCGGGAUGCCCAGGGCCAGCCCCAGGCCAUGCCUAUGGAUGGCGGGUCCCGCUGGGUGACGGUACCGGGGCUGUCCCCGUCCCGCCGGUACCGCUUCCACCUCUACGGGCUGCGGGGCGGGAAGAGGAUCGAGCGCGUCUCCAUCGACGUCUCCACGGCACCAGCCUCCCCCUCGGAGGCUCCCCCAGCUGAGGACUCCCUGUCUCAGGAGCACGAACAGGAGCCCCAACCAAGUGCAGCGCCCCCGGCUCGGGCGGUGCUGGGGGAGCUGAGGGUCUCCAACGUCACCCCCAACUCCGUGGGGCUGCAGUGGAGUGUCCCCGAGGGCCCCUUCGACUCCUUCACGCUGCAGUACCGGGAUGCCCAGGGCCAGCCCCAGGCCCUGCCCAUGGAUGGCGGGUCCCGCUGUGUGACGGUGCCGGGGCUGUCCCCGUCCCGCCGGUACCGCUUCCACCUCUACGGGCUACGGGGUGGGAAGAGGAUCCACCACGUCUCCACUGAGGCCACCACAGCACCAGCCUCCCCCUUGGAGGCUCCCCCAGCUGAGGACUCCCUGUCUCAGGAGCACGAACAGGAGCCCCAACCAAGUGCAGCGCCCCCGGCUCGGGCGGUGCUGGGGGAGCUGAGGGUCUCCAACGUCACCCCCAACUCCGUGGGGCUGCAGUGGAGCGUUCCCGAGGGCCCCUUCGACUCCUUCAUGCUGCAGUUCCGGGAUGCCCAGGGCCAGCCCCAGGCCCUGCCCAUGGAUGGCGGGUCCCGCUGGGUGAUGGUGCCGGGGCUGUCCCCAUCCCGCCGGUACCGCUUCCACCUCUACGGGCUGCGGGGCGGGAAGAGGAUCGAGCGCGUCUCCAUCGAUGUCUCCACGGGUGAGGGGGAAGGGCACAGGGAGGACGGAGUAGAGAGAUGA